CAAAAGUGCUCCGCCUAUUUCUGUUUUACUUGAGCAAAAGUGAAGUGAAAUCGUUACCGUGGUAACCAGCCCCAGUAUGACUCGAAACAAUUUGCCCACCAGCCAGAAGCAGAAGGUCAAUGGAUCGGAGCAGAGAACAUCAGCAACCAUCAGCCAUCCGGUGCAGCGUUUGCUUCCGUCCUCGGCCUCGGUCACAGUGCUGUCCAAUCAACGUGUCGGGGCUACGGUCCCGAAAACUAACGUCAUUAAACCGGCACAGCCGCAGCAUUUUCAACAGCUGAGACAAAUCGCCUUCAGCAGCAGUCAAUCAACUUCGACGGGCAACGACAUCCGUUUCGUUACCAUGAACACCGUUACGAGUGCUUCCGUUUCCGCUUUGCCGCCACAGCCUAACCGUCCUCUCCAAAACCUCCCCGCAGGUGUCAGCUACGUUACCGAUCCCAAUCUGCCUCUAUUCGAUGGGCCGUUCCAAAUCAUCGAGCCCGGUCACGAACUCUACAUGGAAACGGAACCGUCAUACUAUUUGGAACCCCUGGAAGUAGACUUCAUCGACGAGCUACAGGACAUCCUCGUCUCGAAGAACGGAAUACCGGAGGAUGUCCUCAAGAAUGCCUUCGAAAUGGAAGACGAACUGGUAUCCCAGGGCAAAAAACUUCUGGAACACGUUCCGGUUCCGUACCUGCACAAUCUCGAUCACUACAAAGUCUCUCUGGUCGGGGAGAUGAACGAUCUGUUUCCGGUGCCGAAGCAUCGACCGGAACCAAAGGUGCAGCCCCGGUACAAUUUGCUGGGUCGAACCGAGGCUACCGAUUGUCAGAUGUUCAACCGGGAACCGACGGUGGACGAUCCGUGCUACAUGCGGCUGAUGUUUCCGCAGCACUUUCCGGAUCCGAAUAAGGUCGAGCUUAAGCCUCAGGAUGUCGCCCGUGGCUAUCGCAGUGUCAAUAUGAUUGACGAACGGGGCAAGAUUUUUACGGCCAAAUAUUUUGAUCACAUUUCUAUCAAGAAAACCUCGAAACAACAAGCAGCAGCCGCAGGAGCACCGAUAGCAAACCGUCGGCUCUCGGAACUGAUUUCGACAACUCAGUUCAAAGAUGUUAGCCCGGCAAUGAGAAGCAAAAUUGAGUCGCUGGCCAGUGGAAAUUUGAACGUGACUCUUACUCCGGUCAGGAGUAACCCCAAGCUUGCGUCACCAGAAUCGUCGUCACCGGCUGCUCAAAAUACUACAAUCGUAAUCAAAGCUCCCAAACGUACCAUAGCUACCGGAAUGCUGGAUUCGGAAAUGCCUUCGGAAGUUCCGAUGCCGAUGCCAUAUAUCAAACAGGAACCGCAAGAAGAACCGGUCCCAGGGCCCUCAUCCGAUUUCAAUCAACAAAUCAAUUUAAUCGAUUCAACUCCGGUCCAGCUACCGGUUACAACUCCUCAGCUGGCUGUAAGCAAGCAACCACGCAAACAAAAACUGCAAUCACUCACUCAAUGUGAGGCAGUCUUCAAGGAAGGGCCCGAUGGUGUCAGGACUGUUUCAGCCAGUUUGCUGAAAUCGAUCAGCACCAAUCGGAUUAAUCGAGUGUCUCCAGCAGGAGAUUAUGUGUCCGUUACUUUGAAAGAUUUACCAGCCCUCAAAAAGAAACUUCAACAGGAUUCGCUUCAGUUGAAGCCUAAUCCCAAACCGUCAACUUCAUCCUACUCGAACACUCCACUAAGCAGCCGUCUCGAAGCCUACAGGCGGCGCACGGUUCCGAUCGAGAGGCGCGUUAUCGCCACCCACUAUCGGGUGGAAAAACUUUCGAUCAACAGAGGAUCGACGAGUCAGACUAUCGAAUCGAUUGAAAUUUUGGACAGCUCCGACGAAGACCCAGCAGAAAAGCCAGCUAGCAAAACAGCAUCCCCUGGUCCGGUUGCCAAAGACGAAGACGAAGAAAUUCUGAUCACACCGAAGCUACCCGGUAACACCGAAUCCAUUCAGUGUCCAUUCUGUUGCAAGAUUUUCCUUUCGCCACACUCGCUGAUGCUACACGGUUCGAAUUGUGCCGAUGCCAUCCUAUUCCAGAGCCGAGCAAAGUCAAAUAAGGCAGAAAAGACAGACGUCAACAACAAAUCAUCGCCGACAUCAAAACCGCAGCAAAAGCCCCCGGAAGAUGUUAAACAAGAACCGGUCAAGUCGUCAAACGAUUCUUCAUCUCAAGUGGAAUCUACAUCAUCGGACACCAAUAAUAACAACAAACCAUCAUCCAACAGUGGCGACAACCACCAGGAAAAUCCACCCAAACCAAGCUCCAUGACUUCGUCGGACGACAAAAAACGUAGAUCCUUGAAGAAGCGAACGCGUUCGGAACUGACCAUAGACAUGCCCGAAUCGACGUUUACCAUUAAAAAUUUGCUGCUGUGCAGCGUCUGUAACAAAUCGUUUCGCACCACCGAACAUCUGCAGAUGCACCAGAAGAUCCACAAACCGAGCUUCGUGUGUCAGUACUGCAAGCGGAAGUUCUAUGAGACACCGAUCAAGCACGUUUGCGUGGAGAUGAAGCGUUCGAUCAAAAACAAGCGUGAACCAAAUUAGGCUAGAAGUCUACCAAAUAAGUGGAUUGAUUUCCACGUACAUUUCGUUUUUAAUUUUGACACUUUCCAAACCUUUAUGAUACCUACUAUUUUUUAUUAUUAUCCUUUUGUUUACUACCUUGUUAUCUUUGGAGGG